GCAGGGUGCCCAUCAGGGGUUGUCACCAGUGAGGCCCAGGAAUCCUGUGACUCUGAGAUCCCCAGGAGAGUUUGCAUGGACGCUACGAAUGAUGGCCGAGGGUGUUCUGCAGGGACGGGAUGAUGGUGUGUUCGACCUUGACUUUCUCUCCUUCUUUGGUGCAGAGCCUCCGGUUAUGCCGUCUGAGAUGGCGCCAGGGUCCAUGUUAGAAAGAGGAGUUCUGUCCUGUGCAAGCAACAUGCAGACAACUGGUGGAGCUGCCGUACAUGUCUCAUCCGGUGGUGGCACGGUGGGCUCUGCUCAGCACGGACUGGGAUCCUCUCAGUUAAUGUCCCAUGCGGUUCCAUUGAUGAAUAACGACCUCUCCUCAUGCUUUCCCCGAGACUCAUCUUGGGGCGUGUGCAGUUCCAGUAAUCUUCCCCAAGCUCCUACAAGCAACUUAAUAGACAAAGUAAGCCAAGAAGAGCGCAGUCCUAGUGACAUCACCAGCAUCAUCGCACAUCUCCGCAGCCUCGCAACAGAAACCUCAAAUAAUUAUUCCAAAGCCGAAGCAGAGAAAUGUGGGUCAAAAACAAGUAUGGAGGCUGAGAGCGCCGGCACUGACGAUGGUUCUUGCAGCCCAGAAAAUAUGGAGACCACUGAGUCUGGCUUACAAGACGGCACACUUGGAUCAAACUUUAAGAAGAAAUCCAAUGCAAAGAUUUAUAUCUGUUCAGAAUGUGGAAAAACGUGUCCUUGCCAGUCCGCAUACGUCCGACAUCAGAGGAUUCACACCGGAGAGAAGCCCUACGCCUGUGCUGCCUGCGGCAAGAGCUUUAUACAGGUGUCUGAUUAUAACAACCAUGUCAGAUCCCACACUGGAGAGAAACCCUACACCUGUGCUGAGUGCGGAAAGAGCUUUAGUCGGAGCACUUACCUGGUGACGCACUCUAGAACCCACACCAAAGAGAAGCCUUACACAUGCAAUGUGUGCAACAAGAGCUUCAUCCAGCACUCACACCUCUCGUUGCAUCUGCGAAUCCACAGCGGGGAAAAGCCCUAUAUCUGUAUUGAGUGUGGCAACAGCUUCAGCCGCAGUUCAACCCUGGUAAAACAUAAGAAGUCCCAUCGGAGGAAGACUCUGCACUUAAGUAAGAAACAAAGGGAGGAUGAUGUCCCUAAAAAUUUCACACAAAACAACCCACCCACGUGGGGGACAGUUACAGACCAGGCAGAACCAGCAGAGUCUCCUCCAAGAGCUGAAACUCCACAUGUCAAAUCCGAAACAGAUGACACAUCAGGGUGUGAUCAGCAAACGGCAAACUGUGGAAAACCUCAUAAAGAGAUAAAAAAAAACGCCCACAAACCUAUACGAAUCACCUUGGAAAAAUACCUCAUCUCCGAUGGGAUAGCGGGAGAUGAUCAUCCACCUUUUCCACAUCAUAAGAAGUUUAUAUGGAAGAAAAAGUCACAGCAACCAUGUAAGGACAAUGAUGACAUUCCCAACUUAGAAAAAAUUCACUCCUCAGCCAACGGUGUGCCCGAAACCGACAUUGAAAUGAUAAGAGUGAACAGUCCCAAGACAGAGUACAACUUUUCACCAUCUCAGGAAGUGAAUGGAAUAAGUGAGAAUAGCGAGAACCUGAACCCAGAAGGACAGUCACUGCAGCCAGACCAUGUGAGGGACAGUCCAUUAGAUGACCUUGAAGCUCCUUACUCUCCAGUAAAUAGAAAGAUUGCCAAGUUUGAGGAAUUGGAUUCUCAGUAUUCAUAUCCUAGUAAUGAGAUUGUGGAAUCCACGUACAGUAAUGUGUUUACGGCCUCAGACAACAUGUCGAUUAUUAACACUUCACAGAAACCACACAAAGGGUCCAUGUUCAUCUGCAGUUACUGUGGUAAGAGCUGUCCAUGCAAAUCAGCGUUUAUCCGACACCAGAGAAUUCACACAGGAGAGAAGCCCUACUCCUGUACUGACUGCGGUAAGAGCUUUAUUCAGGUGUCUGAUUAUAACAACCACAUCAGGUCCCACACGGGAGAGAAACCCUACACCUGUGCAGAGUGUGGGAAGAGCUUCAGUCGGAGCACCUACCUGGUGACUCACUGUAGAACUCACACCAAAGAGAAGCCUUACACCUGCAGAGAAUGUGGCAAAAGCUUCAUCCAGCAUUCGCACCUCGCUAUCCACCUGCGCAUCCACAGUGGGGAGAAGCCAUACUCUUGUAAUGACUGCGGGAAGAGAUUCAGUCGAAGUUCGACACUUGUUAAGCAUCAGAAAUCACAUGGUAGAACUAUUCCAGGUGGAGAGACUAACGUGCAAAGGUCCAGCAAGCCCAGGCCAGAGGGAUCAUCUACAAAAGUCUGAACCAGAACAUCUUGCUGAUCUCUGCUCUAAGGGUAGCAGCACUGCUUGGUCUAUGGUUGACCUGUGGUGGUGGAAACGGCACUGUUCUUGGUGAGGAUCUGACUGACUGGACUGUCCUUGUAUAUCUGCUGCUCGUUUGCAAUCCCAUCUGUUAUUUCACAGAGUGUGUAAAGUGACUCUGAACACCACAGUGGUCAACUAAAAUCACAGCAGUGUCUUCCAAUGGCCAGUUUAUUGGAGCUGUUAUUGCUGAUCAUUGCUUCCAAAAGUGAGAUUGUUGAGCUGGCGUUAGUCUGAUCAUCCAAAUGGUAGUUCUGAACUGAAUCUUAUGUGAUUGCCUUGUUUCCAGCUCAUGGUUUAUACCUGCACUGUCCAGAAUGGGUGGGAUUUAUCAAUAAGAUGUAUAAACCAUGAAUUUGGUGAAAAUAUCCAGAUGGUGCAUGUGUCAGUACAGUCUGCACAGCUUACAAGGCGUGCUAGAGAGUUUGCACACCUCAAGGCUGUCAUACAUCAGUUAUUUGCUUUUCCUAAAUGUGGAGCAUAAGUCUUGACUGCGCUCCUUGGGUGUAGUGUCCAGAAUGCAAUAAAUUUGGUGCAUUUUGAU